AUGAGGGGAGUACCGAAAAGGUACGUUCGGUUCUUCAGCUACUUUGCUCUCGUAGUUCUAUCAGCAGUUUUUAUCUUUACAUGGUUUCAAACGCACCACAACGCCUUAGCGAAGGGAUUUCCACUCCAACCUGGAGAGUUGAAACGGCCUAUCGAGUUCGCUGGCAACAAUAAAGAAGCUGUCAAUAUACUGAAGGCAUGGUAUCCUGAUGAGAGGUUUAUUGUAGGUAUGGGAAUGUACACCUGCGUGCAUCUAACCAAAUAUCUCGAAUUGUGUCCCCGUCAUGUGGGCGGACACACGCUAGCAACCAAGGCACUAAGAACUGUAAUUAAGAAAGAUAUUAACCACUCCAAAGGUUUCAAAAUCGUUGGCUUUUCAAACUACUUGACUUAUGAUUCUGUCACAGCGGCCCAGUUAACAGAGCUACUUUCUGACACUGACGCGCGUGCAGCUGCAGUUACUGCUGUUGCUCCGAGUGCCGAGCAUCUGGUUCCUGAUUCAUCUCGGCUUCCACUGGAAUAUACAGUUAUCACUGAAAAGUCGCUCACCGAAUCAGACUUUGUCACUGAGAUCAGCGUAUUAUUUGGAGAAGACUGCGUGGACCCCAGACCUGCAUGGCGUUUGUCAAAAGAAUGGCGCCUAGAACACAGCAAGGUACCCUGUUAUCUCACUUUGAGGACGCGCGAUUCUGAUCCACAUGGCAAGAAGUUCCCUACGCUAUCUGCGAGCCUCGAGAACCCUUUCAAAAUUGUGCAGCUCGCGGACCUUCAUUAUAGUGUCGGCGAAGGUCGUUGCAGAGAUGAAUUUCCUAAGCAUGAAAACUGCAUCGCUGACCCGAAAACAUUGGCUUUUGUGGAAAAAGUCUUAGAUACAGAAAAGCCCCAGCUGGUUGUAUUUACUGGCGACCAAAUAAUGGGGAGUGAGUGCGUGCAGGAUUCUGUAACAGCCCUUCUCAAGGUCGUGGAUCCGAUUAUCAAGCGCCAGAUUCCAUAUGCAAUGGUGUGGGGAAACCAUGACGAUGAAGGCAGCCUCGACAGAUGGGAAAUUUCGAAGCUUGUUCAAUCACUUCCACUUUCAUUGUUCAAGAUUGGUGACCAUGACACAAAUGAUAACAGUUUUGGAGUCGGAAAUUAUGUGCACUACAUUUAUGGUGAAGAUGGGAACCCAUUAUCUGCUCUCUACUUCCUGGAUGCGCAUAAGUACUCACCAAACGCAAAAGCCUACCCUGGGUACGACUGGAUCAAAGAGGAGCAAUGGAACUUUUUCGAUGGGUACAAGGAUGCUUUUGUUGACCAGAAAGCGUCUUUGUCGAUGGCUUUUUUCCACAUUCCAUUACCAGAAUACCUGAAUGUUGAUUCAAGUAGCUCUCCCGGUACGCAAAACCCGCUAAUAGGCAAUUUCAAAGAAGGCGUCACAGCUCCCAAGUACAACUCUAAGGGAAUUGCUACACUCCGCGAAUUGGGGGUCAAGGUGACUAGUGUUGGACAUGACCAUUGUAAUGAUUACUGCCUGCUUGAAGAUUCUCAGUCGCCGGCGAUAAAUGAGAGGAUAUGGCUGUGCUUUGGUGGUGCUGCAGGGGAGGGCGGUUAUGGAGGCUAUGGCGGGACAGAGCGCCGUAUAAGGGUCUAUCAGCUUGACUUUUCCAAAAGAAGCAUAGUGACAUGGAAAGUCCUGAAUAGUUCGCCAGAGGCACCCUUCGAUCAUCAAACUUUGGUCAGCGCAGGCGUGCCUCUAAUAGCCUAG